AUGAGUAUUAUAAGGAGGAUUUCAUAUGUUCCGCCACACGGCAAGCACUAUCUUGUUAAUGUAGCAUUAAUUUUUGCUUCUUGUGAGUGUACAAACUUGGCUUUCUAUUUCUGCGCCCCUCCACUAUUUCAUACAGUUUCUGGUCCGAUCCCACUCGACAGGCUGGUUGAUUAUGUGCGCCGGCUGCAAGCGGACAAUGGACGACUGUUGGCGGCCGAGUUCGAGUGCAUCGACCCUGGCGGCCAGUUCACUUGGACAGUGUCAAACAGACCCGAGAAUCGGGGUAGAAACCGAUACGCCAAUGUUGUCGCCUACGAUCACUCGCGUGUCCGCCUGUUGCGUCCUUCGCCCACUCAAGCUAGCUUAGAGGAGGUCUGCCCGAGUGUCUCCGAAUAUAUCAACGCCAACUACCUCGAUGGCUUUGGUCGUAGCAAAGCCUAUAUUGCCACUCAAGUGAGGACAAAUACUGAUUCAUUGGAAGCAUCUACCAUAUAA